ACAUGACCGAAUUUACCAAAGUAAAUGUCAAUAAAUGCUAAAUUAAGCGAGUAAAUUAAUGAAAAUGGUAAAUAUGAUUUUGAAAUACACUAAGAACUCUAUAAAUUAACAAUGUUGGGAUUGUGAUAUGUUAUUAAUUAUGGAGUUAUUAAUUUACAAAAAGUUUUAUUUUUUAUAUUUUUCUAUUUUAGAGUAUAUCUCUUAUAUAAAAUAACAAAAUAAUUAAUUUUACCAUAUAUACAUUGAUUAAUUUUUUGAAAUUCAACUUCAUAUUAUUUUUCUUAUAUUGUUUUGUCUGUGUGAAAUAUGUUUUAUAGAAUUUAAUUGCAGUUUUAGAUAUAAUUUACUAAAUAUUGUAAAAAUAUAUUAAAUGUUCAGAAAAAAUAGAGCUAAUAUUAUUUGAAUAUGAAAAACAAUAAAAUGUUUUGUUUGUACAUAUAGAAAAUGUAUAUACAUAUAAAUUAUUAAUUUAUGAAUGAGACCAUACAUUUACACAUGGUUUUCUAGAAUAUUUUUUUUAAUUAUUUUAUCGAUUUGGGUCAUAUUCUGAACAUGUACAACUCACGACCAAAAGAAUUUAUUAACUUAUUGUGUUUAUUAAUUUAUUGAGUAUUAUUUAAUAGAGUUUCUACUCUAUAUACAACAAAACGUAAUGAUGAACAAUCCAAUGUAACGAAAAAAAUGAGUAAUAUAGUCCAUCUGAAAUUUUAAAAUCCAAAUCAUAAUCCUAAUUAACGUCAUACAAUAAUCAACUAAAAUUCUUUCUAUGUAAAUUUAAUACAUGUAAAUAAUAAACCUUAAAAUCAUAAUAAAUAGAUGAAAAUAAAAUAUCAACCUAACUUUCAUGAUUCAAUUAUAUUGUACAAAUUCAUUUGUUCAGAUAAAUGUAGAAUUUGUUCAGAUAGGUGCGGCGGCGCGGCGGGACGAACCACUUGGUUAUAUAUUUCAAAUAAAAAAUAUUAGACAUUGUAUGAUAUAUUUAUAUAUCCAUAAAAAAAUUGAUAAUUGUGGGAAUCCAAAGGUUUUCUAGGUCCAAAAACUACUUAUAUAUAUUUAUAUUCAACAACACAAUUCUUAUACAUAAAAAUUUACAUUUAUCAAACUAAAAUAAUGUUCCAAGUGAACAAAACUUGUAACUAUUGCUUGAAAUCUUUAGAUUUAUGUUAAUUAUAUUCUCGUAUGUUUCUAACUUUAGGAUAGGAAAAAACUGAGAGAGAGAGAGACGAAUCUUGUUAGAACUGUUUUACUGUUUAGGACAAAACUUGUAGAUGAUAGGAAAACACUGACUCUUGACAUCUUCUAAUCUAAUUUUUAUCCUUGAAAAUUUUGUUUUAACCAUAACAGGUAAUCAGUUAGCUAAGUAGUUUUUGCAGUCGAUAUUAGAUAGUUUCUGUUGUGAGCAUUAAUUACACAAUUAUUUAAACCAUUUCCAUCAUCCCAAUGAUUCCAUCAUCCACAAGAACCAAAGUUCAUCCGUCAGUUUCAUACUCUAUUCUAUUAAUUAAUUUCAUUGUCUUGCAAUCAUAGCGAAAACGAUGAGUUCCUCUGCAGAAGUCGAGAAAGGUGUUGUCACUGCAGAAGUCGAGGCGCCGAGGGGGAAUAGAAGCCGGUUUGCUUUUGCUUGUGCAAUCUUAGCCUCCAUGACCUCAAUCAUCCUUGGUUACGACAUUGGAGUGAUGAGUGGAGCUGCAAUUUUUAUAAAAGAAGAUUUGAAACUGUCAGACGUACAGCUUGAGAUCCUCAUGGGAAUUUUAAACAUCUACUCCCUGGUAGGUUCAGGCGCCGCGGGUAGAACUUCUGAUUGGAUCGGGAGACGAUACACCAUAGUGUUGGCAGGAGCCUUCUUCUUUUGUGGUGCCCUUCUCAUGGGGUUUGCCACAAAUUAUCCUUUCAUUAUGGUUGGUCGUUUUGUAGCUGGUAUUGGCGUCGGUUAUGCUAUGAUGAUCGCACCGGUUUACACAGCUGAAGUUGCUCCUGCUACUUCUCGUGGUUUUCUCAGCUCUUUCCCUGAGAUAUUUAUCAACAUUGGUAUACUUCUUGGGUACGUAUCAAAUUACUUUUUCUCCAAGCUUCCGGUGCAUCUUGGGUGGCGGUUCAUGUUAGGUGUCGGAGCGAUUCCCUCAGUGUGCCUAGCCAUCGGAGUGUUGGCAAUGCCCGAGUCUCCGAGAUGGCUAGUCCUCCAGGGUCGCCUUGGGGAUGCUUUUAAAGUUCUUGACAAAACCUCAAACACCAAAGAAGAGGCCAUCUCUAGACUCAAUGACAUCAAACGGGCUGCUGGAAUCCCCGAGGACAUGACAGACGAUGUUAUUGUUGUUCCCAACAGGAAGAGUGCCGGAAAAGGCGUGUGGAAGGAUCUUCUUGUCCGGCCAACCCCUGCUGUCCGACAUAUCCUAAUAGCAUGUCUCGGUAUCCAUUUCUCUCAGCAAGCCUCCGGAAUUGAUGCGGUCGUCCUCUACUCUCCGACCAUCUUCCAAAAGGCUGGACUGAAAUCCAAGAAUGACCAGCUCUUGGCAACUGUCGCUGUUGGAAUUGUCAAAACACUCUUUAUCGUGGUAGGGACUUGCGUGGUCGACCGGUUUGGACGCCGUGCCUUGUUGCUCACGAGUAUGGGCGGAAUGUUUCUUUCAUUGACCGCGCUUGGGACUAGUCUUACAGUCAUCGACAGAAACCCAGGACACACGCUCAAGUGGGCUAUUGGGCUUAGCGUUACAACGGUAAUGACGUUUGUAGCAACAUUCUCAAUAGGUGCAGGACCAGUGACGUGGGUCUACUGCUCAGAGAUAUUCCCUGUGAGGCUAAGAGCUCAAGGGGCAAGUUUGGGAGUGAUGUUGAAUAGAUUAAUGAGUGGUAUUAUCGGAAUGACAUUCCUAUCGCUUUCUAAAGGUCUAACCAUUGGUGGUGCAUUCCUUCUCUUUGCCGGAGUUGCUGCUGCUGCAUGGGUCUUCUUCUUUACUUUCCUUCCAGAGACACGAGGUAUGCCUUUGGAAGAGAUGGAGAGUCUUUUCGGGAGCUACACUGCAAACAAGAAGAAGAAUGUUACAAAGGAAGGUAAAGAAGUGGUCGAGGAACACUGAUAAGAAAUAAUGAAAUAAGUUGUUGUGAAUUGGGGAAAUUUCAUUAAAAAGAAAAGAAAAUUGGGGGCGAGUCACAAAAUAAAUACAUAAAUAAUAUGUGUAAAUAAUGUAUGUAUCCAUAUAGCUCAACUUGUUAACUAAGCUCAACUUUAUUUUCAUGAGAAUAUGAGUUUAACCCAACUGCUGCUAUUUUUUUUAAUUGACAAGCACAUAAAUACCUUACAAAGAUAUAUUCAUCACGCCUGAGGAAAAAUGAUCUUCAUUAGACUCGUUGUUUUUUAAUUUUUUUCAUAAACAAACAUAUGUACAUAUAAUAUUUUUUUUCAUCAAACAGUUAUUUUAUUGUUCAAACUUGAGAUAGUCUGGAAAACUAGACCAGAAUAUAACAGCUAGUGUAGUACAUAUCCCUAUGAAAUACUUUUGUUAUCUCACCUAAUGAAUCUGACUUAACAUUUUAAAAACAAGAAUGAAACACGAUAGAAAAAUCAGUAAAUUUACUCUUCAAUCUCGACAAAUUCUUUAAAUUUAUGGAAAAACUUGGCCAUGUUCAUGGGUCUUGAAUUAUUAAGAUUAGAUCUUUACAAUCGGUACUAAAAGGCUGACAUGUCGACAGUUGUAGCAUGCAUUCCAUAGUCUAAAAAGCGUCUCAAGCUCCACAUGUAAGAAUUAAACUCUUUUCCUUUGGUUUCUUUCUCUCAUAAGUUAUAUUUUCCAUGUGGAGUUCUUCCAUUUCAAUUCACAACUACUGAAGAAUGAGUUAUGUUCUAUGACCCAUCAAUAAUACAUAUGUAAG